ACGCGAAACUCAUAUGCCGACUACAGAGUAGAGAAUUACGUACGUAUCAGAAGUCCACUUUAAUCUAUUUUUUAAAAGGAAACACAGAUAGGGAUCGAAACAUUGUGAAGGAAUAGGGAAAUUCUUCCAGACUCAGAGAAAAUGAUGCGACUGCGCACAUAUGCGAGCCUAAGUUUAUUUGCAACUUUGGCAGUUAUAUAUCAUGCAUUCAACAGUAGAGGCCAGUUUUAUCCAGCUAUGGUUUAUUUAUCAACCUCUAAGAUCAAUUUGGUGCUUCUUCUUAACAUGGGUCUAGUCAUUAUGUGCAUUUUAUGGCAAUUAACUAAACGGCUAUUCCUUGGUUCCCUACGGGAAGCUGAGGUUGAAAGGUUGAAUGAGCAAUCAUGGAGAGAGGUUAUGGAAAUCCUCUUUGCCAUCACUAUUUUCAGGCAGGACUUCUCAGUGACAUUUCUUACAAUGGUUACAGCUUUAUUAUUAAUCAAGGCAUUACAUUGGUUAGCUCAAAAGAGGGUUGAGUACAUUGAGACAACUCCAUCAGUUCCCAUGCUGUCUCACAUACGGAUAGUUUCAUUUCUGGGGUUCCUUCUUCUUCUGGAUAGUCUGUUCUUGUACAGUUCUGUUAAGUAUUUGAUAGAAACACGUCAGGCUUCAGUCUCUCUCUUCUUCUCCUUUGAGUAUAUGAUACUAGCAACAACUACCGUCUCCACUUUUGUAAAAUAUGUUUUCUAUGUGAGUGACAUGCUUAUGGAAGGACAAUGGGAAAGGAAGGCUGUCUAUACCUUUUAUUUGGAACUUAUUCGCGACUUGCUUCACUUAUCAAUGUAUCUCUGCUUCUUCCUUGUGAUUUUCAUGAAUUAUGGUGUACCUUUGCACUUAAUACGAGAGCUUUAUGAGACAUUCAGGAACUUCAAAAUUCGUGUUGCUGAUUACCUUCGUUACCGGAAGAUCACUUCAAAUAUGAAUGAUCGGUUUCCUGAUGCAACACCUGAAGAGCUCAAUGCAAGUGAUGCAACCUGCAUCAUUUGUCGUGAAGAGAUGACUACAGCCAAGAAAUUAAUCUGUGGGCAUCUUUUUCAUGUUCACUGUCUCCGUUCAUGGUUGGAGCGACAACAUACUUGUCCUACAUGCAGAGCCCUAGUUGUACCCCCUGAUAAUGGUGCGAGUACAGCUGGAGGGCAACAUGGAGCACGGUCAGAUACUCAUAGGCACGGAACAGGCACCGCAAGUACAGGAGCCCAGGGCUCAGUUGGCAAUGGGCAGGAUGACAAUUUGAGCCAGCAUCAGGCCAGGCUUCAAGCUGCUGCUGCUGCUGCCGCUGUAUAUGAGAAAUCUUUUGUUUAUCCUUCUCCAAACACACUAGUGUGGUCUCCUGGAUAUGCCUUGCUCCCUCAAGCUCAAAGACCUUUGGCUGAUGGUACUAAUAGGGAAUCUAGUGGAGAACAAGCUUUCAUGGGACAAUCACAUCCUCAUUCUGCAAUCCAUGCUGGGCCAUCAAACUUGCCCCAGCCACAAUUUUCCAACUAUGUCUUUGUACCCUUUCGGGUUCCUGGUGCAAAUGCAACUCAUGGAGAGAGAUUGGACACUAUACCGAACUCUGAGUUGGAAGCUCAGAAAAAGCUUCUCCAACGCCAAAUUGAGGUCCUGCAGACGGCAGCUCCAACUACUACAUCAGCAAAAGGCUGAGGAUAAAGUGCAUAUCGAUUCCAACACCCUUCAACAGAAAGCAAGGAAAGACAGUUGUAGCAUCUCUCGCUGGUCCAGACCUCAGUCCAUGGGAGAGAUUGAUGC